CUUCUCCUCUCUCCCUCUCUCCCUAGACGAGACGAGAAAGAAACAGCCAGUGCAGCUCAGCUGGGCCGCACGCCUGCGCCUGCUCGACACGUCUCAUCGCAUGCAGGCUCGCCACUGCGCUGCUCAGUACUACGUACAGUAUAUGUUAGGAGCACACCAAGGUUCAAGAAGCACACCAAGCUUGCAAGGAAGGGCCUCCCAUUAUCUCAUCAUCUGACCAGUUGACGCACGUACGCUUGGAUCCAUGAGCAUGGGCAUGGACUCCCCGCAGAAGAAGCUUGGCUCCAUAUCCAUGGACGGCGGCAAGACGCCUCCUCUGCUGCUUGAGGUUGCGGCCCAGCUGGCCAAGAAGGCGAUAGCCGCUUCUCCGUUCCCGGAUGCACACCGGCUGGCCAGCGCUUGGGCGUUCGUCAGCGCCAGGUUCUUCCCCGUCUCCAUCGCCUUCGGCUCCCUCAUCGACCUUCUACUCUGCAGCAAGCUGGGGUGGUGCCAUUUUCUGGAGCGCGAGUGGGACCGGCCCAUAGACAGCGCCCUCUGGAUCGGCCUGUGGUGCUGCCCCGCACUCCAGGCGGCCGUGGCGGCGCUCGCUCUGCUGCUCCCGUCCCGCCACCGCCGGAUCCGCCGUGCCCUUGCCUACCUCGCCGUCUCGGUCGCCAUCGUCGGCCAUUCUUUGAUGGCCAGCCUCGUCCCCCUUGUUGUCGCUGCCUACCCAGGGCCAGGGCUAGGAUACCUCCUGCUCAUCGUCUUGUUCGUCUGCGCCGCGGCGGCGCUGGCGCAGAUGCUCCCGUGCCUCUCCCUCCGGAUCCGCCGUGCCCUCGCCCACCUCGCGCUCGCCAUCGUCGGCCUCUGUAUUUUGGCCAGCUUGGCCCUCGCCGUCGACACAGCAUUCCUCAUCCUCUUGAUCGGCUACUCGGCGGUAAUCUUCACCCUCGCGGUGGGUGACCUCCUCAGCUUCCUGGCCCUCCUCCUCGGAGGCGAGGAGGAGUAGCUGCUGAUCGGCAAGCCGCGAGCUCCAUAUAUCUCCAUGGAUCAGCUCAUGAGGUACUCACGUACGUCCGACUGAUGAGUAGUUGUACGUAGUAGUAACUUGAUCAUGGAUCUCCUACCACUUAAUCUGCCUAGUAUUGGACCUUAAUUUGAUGUGGAAUUAAUUAGCCUGUACGUUAUCUGUGUGAUGUGGAGCUUGCCUGGAUUAGUAUUGAUGAACAAGCUAUACAUAUAUGGAGUCUUAAUUUGAUGUAGUAUAUAUUGGACCUUUUCUCUGUAUGCAUGCCUAGCUUGCGGUAUAAUUGAUGCUGGUGAAAUCAGUUUAUAUCUAUAUAUAUGCAUGCACACUCGUGUUGUAUCUGGUGUUGAGCAUUGUUUUUCAUUCAUUAUGGAGACAACUCGAGUAUAAA